CGUAGCGUGGCGAGCGCUGGCUGGCGCUGGCUAGCGCGCACGUUCACGUUCACCUACCUCUCGUCAUCCGGUCGCUGUCGACCCGUCGACGUCGUCGACGGCAGUAACGGGCCGCGCGAGUCUGAUACUCCGACGAAAAAAAAAUUAAUAUCACGAUAGCGCCGCGAGUUGGCACGCGGUUGCCCGCGAUACGAGACUCGCCGCGGUCCAGACCCUCCAGCAGGCCAGACUCGGCCCAACUCGGCUGCAGUGACGAACACUGACGAAUAGUGACGAGUUAAGGCGAGAGAGAGAGAGAGAGAAGUACAGGGAGGACGCGUUUGCGUCCGCGCCCGUCUCGUUCGUACGAUGCUCAUCUCAAUGGCCGCCGACGGCGCCGACCCUUAUUUACUACAGUUUUCAAAAUGGCGACUCUUCGGAUUCUCGCAUGUGGUAACCUCGUCGCGGUCUCGAAUUCUGUACAGUUGUUGAAUCGCGUCACGACCACGCGAGUCUCUCAAAUUCAACAGAGAUGGAGUAGUUACAAAUCAUCUUCAAAAUAUAAGACACCUGAAGAUUACACAGAUUACGAUAUUACCAAAGAUGAAAACGAAUGGAAAUAUAUAGAGCGUUUACUUCCAUACAAAAUUAUACCGAAACCACCAACUACUGGAAAUAAAUUCCCAUCUGGCUAUAAACCAGCAUCUGCUUCGCCUAAGGAUAACCCCUACUUCAUAGAACGUACGAAAAAUUAUAUGCAGCCUGUGUAUUUGUAUAGAAAUCCCAGAGGAACUAAAAGAGUUACAGAAAUUACUAGAAUUCAAGGAAAUAUAUGGGCUUUGGAACGAGACAUGAAGGAAUAUCUACAAGAAUGCGUGGGACAUAAAAUUGCUAGCCAGAUAAACGAAUUUGCAGGUUUAAUUAAAAUUAAAGGUGACUAUGUUAAUCGUGUUAAAACAUGGAUGAAUACAAAAGGUUUUUAAAAAUAACUGGUUCUC